AGAAGGCUAUAAAAACAUGUGAGGGUGUGUCCAGGCGUUUUCAGAUCCACAUCAUCAUGAGGCUGCUGGCUCUGCUGCUGCUGGUGGGAGCUGCUGUGGCAGUUCCACGGGAGGAUGGCAAGAUCAUUGGUGGGAGGGAGUGUGAGCCUCAUACUCGUCCUUACAUGGCCUCUCUCAACUAUGGAUACCACUUCUGUGGAGGGGUGCUCAUCAACGAGCAGUGGGUGCUCUCUGUGGCCCACUGCUGGUACAACCCAUAUGCCAUGCAGAUCAUGCUGGGAGAACACGACCUCCGUGUGGCUGAGGGAACCGAGCAGCUCAUGAAAACAGACACCAUCAUUUGGCACCCCAGUUAUGACUACCAGACACUGGACUACGACAUCAUGCUGAUAAAACUGUACCACCCGGUGAAGGUGACAGAGGCAGUGGCCCCCAUCUCUCUGCCCUCGGGGUGCCCCUUUGAUGGCUUGCUCUGUUCUGUGUCGGGCUGGGGCAAGACUUCCACUGAAGAGGGAGCGGUCUUACCCACACUUCUUCAGUGCCUGGACGUUCCCGUUCUGAGCGAUGCCGAAUGUGAGAAAGCCUAUCCUGGUAUGAUCUCAAGGAGGAUGCUGUGUGCUGGAUACUUGGAUGGAGGCAGGGAUGCAUGCAAUGGUGAUUCCGGCAGCCCUCUGGUGUGCUACGAUGAGGUACAGGGUCUGGUGUCAUGGGGUCAGGGGUGCGCUUUGCCAAACUAUCCCGGGGUGUAUGUCAAAGUGUGCGAGUUCCUGCCCUGGAUCGAAGAAACAUUGCAAGCCUAUUCGUAAAUAAUAAAGACAACACUAUUACCAAUACAAUGGGUCUUGAAACAUGGUAAAUACAGGUCUUUCAAGAAAUACGUGUUAACAAAUAAAACUACUUCUUAAAAUGUA